UUUCUUCCAUCAAUGGGAGUCUAUUACUUCGGAUGCCUGGGUUCUCCGAAUUGUUCAAGACGGUUAUGCCUUGGAGUUCGAAGAGCUCCCGCCCACAGGGCAAAUCCUCCUAUCCAACCCCUCUCAGGAAAUUCUCGCCGAAAUCGACACCCUCCUUGCCAAAGGGGCUAUUCGGCCUUCUCCAUCGGUACAGGACCCUCAAAACUUUUUCUCCAGGUACUUCACGGUCCCGAAGAGGGGAGGGGGGCUCCGCCCCAUUUUGGACUUGCGUGUGCUCAAUACGUUCAUACGCCCGACAAAAUUCAGGAUGGUAUCCAUCGCUUCCAUUCUCCCUAUGCUUCAACGAGGGGACUACUUUGUCUCCAUAGAUUUACGAGACGCUUAUUUCCACGUGGCGAUUCGGGAAAACCACAGGCGCUUCCUUUGCUUCAAAGUCCUCGACCAAACCUACCAGUUCACCGUUUUACCCUUCGGCCUCGUCACAGCCCCAAGGGUUUUUACCAAAGUCGUCGCUGUCGUGGCUGCCCACCUCAGACUCCAAGGAAUCACAGUCUUUCCAUAUCUGGACGACUGGCUUCUGGUCGGGCCCGACCCUGUCUGCCUUCGUCGUCACGUCGACGUCACCCUCAUUCUCCUCGACUCUCUCGGUCUCCAAUUGAAUCUCGACAAAUCUCACUUUGUCCCGUCGAACAAGAUCCGCUUCAUCGGCGCCCUGUUCGACUCACUCUCUUAAACUGUCUCCCUCCCGCUCGACAGGUUUCUCGCCCUCUGACAUCAAGUCUCUCUCUGCGAAACCAGCCGGAGGAUUCGAGCCCGGUCCAUUCAAGUACUCCUGGGUCACAUGGCCUCCACAGUCCUUACGACCCCGUUCGCCAGGCUCCAUCUUCGCACUCUGCAGCGUUGGUUCAUAGAUGUCUUCAAACCAUCCCGUCACCUCAACCCGAGGUUUCUCUCCAUUCCGCCCCAUGUUCGUCAGUCGCUCCGCUGGUGGAAGUCCCCCUCCAACGUUUGCAGGGGACUCCCGUUUCACCAGCCUUCUCCUUCGAUCACCGUGACCACGGACUCCUCCAAUUACGGCUGGGGAGCUCACCUGGGCAGUCUCACCGUACAAGGCCUUUGGUCUCGCUCCGAAAAGGCCAAUCACAUAAACUUUCUCGAACUUCUUGCCAUCUUCAAAGCUCUGAAAGCCUUCUCCCGCCUGAUCUCCCAGAAGUCUGUCCUCGUUCAAUCAGACAACACAGUGGCAGUCUUCUACAUCAACAAGCAGGGUGGCACGGGUUCGAGGAAGCUCAUGCUCCUUUCCUCUCAACUGUGGUCCUGGUGCAUAAGUCGCAAUGUGCAGAUCCUGGCAGUCCACCUUCCCGGGAUCCAAAACGACCUGGCGGACGCUCUCAGCAAGAUGACGAGUUCCUCCCACGAGUGGAUGCUCGAUCCCGAGACUCUUCUCUCUCUCUUCCAAAACUGGGGAUUCCCCACUCUAGACCUUUUUGCCUCUCCCCAGAAUGCGCAACUACCUCGUUACGGCGCGAGACUUCCCCCAGCUUCCUUCCCGGGCUGUCUGGGGGACGCCUUCCUUCUGAACUGGUCGUCGGAACCGAUCUACCUCUUUCCGCCGUUCCCCCUGAUACCGAAGGUCCUCCAGAAGCUCCAGUCAAUUUCGACGUCGGCUAUCCUAAUAGCACCAGCUUGGCCUCGACAGCCUUGGUUUCCGGCUCUUCUCCGCCUCUCCAAAAUGAACUUUCUCACUCUACCUCUCCUACCACACCUCUUGUCGACGGAAAACGGCCAGAUCCUGCACCCGGAUCUUCCCUCUCUACAUCUCACUGCCUGGAGAAUUCUCGCCUAGCCUCCCUCCCGCAAAGCCUGCAGGAGAUCCUCCAGGCGGCCCAUAAGCCGGCUACAACCAGGUCAUACACUUAUAAAAUCUCCCGCUUCCGUGCCUUUCUCCGGUCCCGGGACAUUGAUGUUUUUCCGACUUCGGUACCGAUAGUAUUGGACUUUCUUAUGACCCUUGUGGAUCAAAAACUUUCACUCUCUUCUAUGAAGUCCUAUCUGGCUGCUCUUUCCUGGUGUUUCCAACAACAUGGUAGACCAUCUUUGUUCUCUGACCAUCUUGUGAAAACCUUUUUAAAAGGGUACAACAACAUCCGUCCGCCCUCCCAGCCUCCCACGCCGGGAUGGAACCUCGAGCUCGUGCUCUCCCAGCUGACUUUCCCCCCUUUCGAGCCACUGGCGUCUACCGACCUGCGUCUGCUUUCUUGGAAAGUAGCUUUCCUAGUGGCCAUAACCUCGGCUCGCAGACCCUCGGAACUGGCAGCCCUUAGGGUUGAUGAACCUUAUCUCCGCUUUCAUCACGACCGAGCCGUUCUUCGCCCGGACAUCACCUUCCUCCCGAAGGUGGUCUCAGCCUUUCAUCUUAACCAGGACAUUGUCCUACCUGCUUUCUUUCCGAACCCUUCGUCCCCUCUGGAACGAAGGAUGCAUCUCCUCGACGUUCGUAGAGCUCUUCUCUUCUACCGGGACCGCACCAAAGACAUUCGUAAGACUCAAAGACUCUUUGUGGCCCAUGCCCCAGAUAAGCUGGGUAAUCCUAUUUCCUCGCAAAGAUUGUCUCACUGGAUUGCUCAGGCUAUUGAACUUGCCUACGAACUGGCUAAACGUCCACCUCCCCCGUCCGUUCGCCCGCGUUCGACGAGAGGUCUUUCCACAUCAACCGCCUUUUUAAGGGGUAUCUCGCUGGACUCUAUUUGUAAGGCGGCAAUCUGGUCUAACCCCCUUACCUUUGUCUCUCACUAUAGAAUGGACCAAAAAACCUUGAAAGACUCAGCCUUUGCUAGAUCGGUUUUGUCCUCCUGCUUGUCCUAAGGGUUUAUUCUCGAUACUUACCUACCACUCCACCCUUGGGGGCCCUCCCUCACGGUUCUGUCUAUCAGAUACCCCGUGUUUGGCCAUCUCGUUGUGCCAUCUCUAUGUUCUAGUUUGCACUGUUUUUUGAGCUAUUGUGCCUUAUGUACUCCCCCCUUCUUCCUCUUCGGAGGUGAUGCACAGUACUUAUUUUUCCCCAAGCUGGGAAUUGUUUAUUUGGUGUCCUGCCGGAUCUUUCUCUCGGCAUGGUGCUUGUGUUACUGUAUGGGUCCUUCGGCCCAUGUUAUUUAUGUUUAAUAAAGAUGUGUUUGGACAUCAACUUGUGGUUAAGGUUUGCCUUGUCCCACCAUCCGGGACCUAAGCGUGCUAGUCUCCAUUAGUGUGCGUUCACAGAGUACACGAAGAAAAAGGACAGGUUGCUUACCUGUAACCGUGUUUCUUCGAGUGUACUCUGUGAAUUCACACAAGCCCGCCCUUCCUUCCCCUCUGGCAAACCCUCUUCCUUUCUCGUUGCCUUGGCGGCGCAGGAACUGGAGAGCGGACGCCCAGGGCUGCUUAUAUGCCCUCUGGGGACGGGGGGCGUGGCUACCGCCAAAAUUUAAAC